AGGCUCCGUGGAAAUGUGUCGGUGACAUUGAAUGGGGAGACGGAGCGCGAGCGAGGCGCGCGCGCGCACACCCGCGCACACAGGGCCCCGCUCGCUCCGAGAUCCCCGGCCACGUAAGUAACUAUUAAUACCGCCUCGCCGGGAGUUGCGGGAGUGCUGAGCUCGGGGAUUGGCCUCGGGCACGAUCGGCCAUCCCCUUCAAUUUUAAAUACACAUUCCGCUUACCUCGGGGGGAGAAAGAAAGAAAGAAAAAAUAAUAAUAAAAGACGAAGAAGAAAAGCCAUCAAUUUUCUCCAAAACAGACCCCACCGGGCAAUUUGGGCUUUUCGGGUAGGGGGAGACGGAGUUGUCGUAAAUUAUUCCAAGGCAAGAUCCAGGUAUCCAGCGGGAAAGGAACGCCGCAGGUUGGCUGGGCUGGGGGCGCAUCCCCUUCCAGCGCCCGGAGGAUCCCCCGGAAGCUGGUGCCGGGGGAAUCGGAGACUGCCGAGCCACCCUCGUCCCUGCCCGCACUUCUCCCUUUUUUUUUUUUUUUUUCUUUUUUCGGAGGACGAUCUGGAGCACGAGCGAGCAGCGACAGCAUGAGCCUGUGCUGACCUCCGCCCGGCGGGCCAACCCGGGCUUUGUCGCGGUACCUGCGCCCGGCCCGCGCCGCAACUCCGUGCCCGGCUUUUGCAAUCUUUUGUUGGUAGCGCUGACCGCUCCAAGUUAAAUGCUCCCUCGCUAUUCUUUUUUUUCUGUUCUUUUUUUGUCUGUUUGUUUAAAUUUUGGAGAGCUCUUGCGAUCUUGGAAAAGCCUCAGACGCCAUCUACAGUUAAAACGUAGGUAACUACCCUCUCCGGCGCCCCCUCUUCCACGCCCCCCACCCUUUCCACCAAAAAAGGGGGUGCAGCGCGGAUUCUGUCUGCCGUGCGGCGCGAGCCGGUAGACCCGUGCUUAUUUCCUUUUUCUUUUUGUUUGGUUUUCUAACGCGUUGAGACUGAGCCGCCGCCGUGCGCCCCUGGAAGAUUGCACGAACUACGGCCGGGCUCCUCCGCCCCGUCUGCGUUUCGGAAGCCUGCGUGGGGAUCGCUUCGGGAGACCGGGCGCUGCAGCUCCCCACCUUAGCAAUCCGGUUACUCGCCUAGCUAGAUCCGUGUUGGAAAGCGAGCGGGAGAGAGAGAGAAACUAAAAGUGCGGGGAUUCUGCAGAUCGCUGGCUGCUUUGGGGUAACAAAGGGACCCGAGUUGCUGCCGACUGAGCACCCCCGGGAGCCGGGCUCGGAGCAGACAAGGUGCCCGGCGGCGCCCAUUUGGGGGCUUCUAACUCUUUCUCCACGUCGCCCCUCUCCCGUCCCCUCCCCUCUCGUUCCCUUUUAAAAUCCGUGGCACCGAGGCGCCUGCAGCCGCACUCGCCAGCGACUCAUCUCUCCAGCGGGUUUUUUGUUUGCCGAGUGCGAUCCCCACACUCAUGAACAUACACAGGUCUACCCCCAUCACAAUAGCAAGAUAUGGGAGAUCGCGGAACAAAACCCAGGAUUUCGAAGAGUUGUCGUCUAUAAGGUCCGCCGAGCCCAGCCAGAGUUUCAGCCCGAACCUCGGCUCCCCGAGCCCGCCCGAGACUCCGAACUUGUCGCAUUGCGUUUCUUGCAUCGGGAAAUACUUAUUGUUGGAACCUCUGGAGGGAGACCACGUUUUUCGUGCCGUGCAUCUGCACAGCGGGGAGGAGCUGGUGUGCAAGGUGUUUGAUAUCAGCUGCUACCAGGAAUCCCUGGCCCCGUGCUUUUGCCUGACUGCUCACAGCAACAUCAACCAAAUCACCGAAAUUCUCCUGGGGGAGACCAAAGCCUAUGUGUUCUUUGAGCGAAGCUAUGGGGACAUGCAUUCCUUUGUCCGCACCUGCAAGAAGCUGAGGGAGGAGGAGGCGGCCAGACUUUUCUACCAAAUCGCCUCGGCUGUGGCCCACUGCCACGACGGGGGGCUGGUGCUGCGGGACCUAAAGCUGCGGAAAUUCAUCUUUAAGGACGAAGAGAGGACCCGGGUCAAGCUGGAAAGCCUGGAAGAUGCCUACAUCCUGCGGGGGGACGAUGACUCCCUGUCAGACAAGCACGGCUGCCCGGCUUACGUAAGCCCAGAGAUCUUGAACACCAGCGGCAGCUACUCGGGCAAAGCAGCCGACGUGUGGAGCCUGGGAGUGAUGCUCUACACCAUGUUGGUGGGGCGGUACCCUUUCCAUGACAUUGAGCCCAGUUCCCUCUUCAGCAAGAUCCGGCGGGGCCAGUUCAACAUUCCAGAGACUCUGUCGCCCAAGGCCAAGUGCCUCAUCCGAAGCAUCCUGCGGCGGGAGCCCUCAGAGCGGCUGACCUCGCAGGAAAUUCUGGACCAUCCUUGGUUUUCUACAGAUUUUAGCGUCUCGAAUUCAGGAUAUGGUGCUAAGGAGGCGUCUGAUCAGCUGGUGCCGGAUGUCAACAUGGAAGAGAACUUGGACCCUUUCUUUAACUGAGCUCACGCCCCACAGAGACUUAAGCAGGUACCGGGAGCAAGAGAGGGCAGAGGAAAGUCCUUCCGGGGCACGCACGUCUCCUGGCUUGGUGUUAAGACAGACACUGACACUCAACGUUUUCUCGGUUCAGAGAAGGAGAACCUUCAAGGAGCUGACCGAACAUGUAGCAUGGGGGCGAGAGAUGUGGGGUGGGAGUCUGGGGUCAGGUCGGAGGGGUGGGAGCCCCUGGCGCUUCCCCCUUCCCUGACGCGGCCCCCGGAGCCCACCCCUGCCAGCGGGGCUGUUUCGGCCUACCCCACUUUUCAUUUGUUCCAAAAUAGUUGCAGAUCCUGACGGAGCCCAAACUCUCUGCCUCAACCACACAUCUUGGCAUCGCACUGUUAGCUUUUAACUUCUUGUCACGAUUCAGGGAAGGUACAAUUGGCCAAGGAUUCUUUCUUUCUUUCUCUUUCUUUCUUUCUUUCUUUCUUUCUUUCUUUCUUUCUUUUUUCUUUUUUUCUUUUUUUUGAAACAAGCCGGCCACCUACCUGAUAAUUAUUAAUGGGGUUCAUUUAAAAAACAAUUCGGUGCACACAGACUGACAUGAAACCUGGGUGCUAAAGCUAAAAGAAAAUAAAAGUCCAGUUUGUGUCUCUUAAUCGCUCUUUUCAACUCAUUUCUUCUAAAUAAACGAUUUGCCAUCCUGGUCAGGAAAUGACACGUUGAUGCUCUGCUCCCUGAAGGGGGAAGAAAAAAAAAAAAGCCUGUCCUUUAACAAAGUGAUUCUGUUUUGUGUCCACGGGUUUGUGGCAGGAAGCUAUUAGAAGUCAAACUUCCAGAGGCAUUACCGCUAUUAGAGUUUAAAGAAAGGAAGGGAAGGAAAAAAGAGAAA